GAGAGCUAAGUGGGCGCGCCGCCGGGGGAGGGGAGCACGGGAGGGAUCCGGUGUCUUGGGCUGCAAGCUGGUAUUGCAGCUGGCGGCGAGGCGAGGCACUGGCCGGGAUAUUAAUAACCCGGGGCUGCAGCUUUCCAUGAGACCCUCCCAGCCAUGGCCAGCGCGGAGGAGCCCCGGGAGGGCGGCCCCUGCGGGGAAGGAGCCGGAGCCGGAGCCGGAGACGCUGGGUUGGAGAGAGAUUCAGGGGCAGAGGACAAUGCUUCACUCCAAGAGAAGAAAUCUGAAGAGGACCCGAACCCAGAGAUGACUCUGUCCCUACAGGGGGAUAUUGAUCUAGAGGACAUUCUCUACCUCGGAGUCACAGAUGAUGCGGGUGAUAUACUGUAUGUAGAAGAGACACUGAACUCAGAAGAGGAAGCUGACCCAGAGGAGCCGCUGUGUGUAAGGGAAGCAGACAACCCAGAGGAGAUGCUGUAUGUGAGGGAAGCAGACAACCCAGAAGAAGAGACGGUCAUCCCAGAGGAGACACUGAAUGUGAAGGAGACAGUCACCCCAGAAACACUGAACCAAGAGGAGACAGUUACUACAGAGGAGGCACUGCAGGUGACAGAGAGAGUUGACCCAGAGGAGAUACCAAAUCCAGAGGAGACAGACUCUAAAGGGGAGAAAGCCAGCUCCGAGGGAAACCUUGCCUCCCAGGAGAGCCUCAGGAUUGAGGACAGCCUGAGUCCAGAGGAACUGGAGCUUCUGGAAGGUCGUUUCCAGCAGUGCAUUGAAGCCGUAGCCCAGUUGGAGGAGGAACGGGACCGUCUUAUCCAUGAGCUAGUGCUGCUUCGAGAGCCAGUUCUAGAGGAGGUGCAGAAGGUCCACCAGGACAUCCUGGUGGCCUACAAGCUCCAUGCCCAAGGGGAGCUGGAGUGUGAUGGGCUCAGGGAGGAGAUCCGGGUGGUGAAGCAAAAGCUGUUCAAAGUGACAAAAGAGUGUGUGGCCUACCAGUACCAGCUGGAGUGCCGGCAGCAGGAGGUUGCCCAGUUUGCCGCCUGCCAGGAGGAGCUCACCGCUCGCGUCGCUCAACUAUCUGAGGAGCUGGCCCAACUCAAAGACACGUGUGAGAAGCAGAAAGGGCAUUUUCGGCAGCAGUUAGAAGCUCCCCGGGGUCAGGGGGAUAGCCAUUUUCUACAGGAGAGCCGCAGGCUCUCUGCUGAGUUUGAGAGCUUUAUGGCGGAAAGCCGCCAGGGCCUGGAAGAAGAGUAUGAACCCCAACUGAUGCGACUCCUCGAGAGGAAAGAUGCUGGGGCAAAGGCACUACAGAAAACACAGGCCGAAAUUCAAGCGAUGAAGGAGUCCUUGAGACCGCUACAAGCAGAGGCCAGACAACUCAGUUUGCAAAACAGGAACCUGGAGGAUCAGAUCUUGCUUGUGAGACAGAAACGAGACGAGGAGGUGCAACAGUACAGGGAACAGAUGGAAGAAAUGGAAGACAGACAGAGGCAACUGAAAAGCAGGGUCCAACUCCAGCAGCAGAAGAACAGAGAGAUGGAGGAGCUAAGGAUCAGCCUCACUGAGGAGCUCUCUAUUUAUAAGGCCGCGCUACCCAAGAAGCCAGAGCAGCUCGAGACACCCACUCCUCCGGGAAGUGGAAUGGAGACAGAGUCUCAAGGAGCUGUUUAGAAAUCUAUGGCGGACUCUGUAACCCAGAAACAAAAGAUAAAACCUCUUAGUGAAGGAGCACUGAAGCCUCUUUGGACAUUUUUUUCUUUGCAGCAGAAAAGGGAAUGUGAGGGACCUGGUAAAAUGCUCUAUCCUGUGAAAGGUGUAAGCAUUGGCCCUGUCAGUUUUAAAGAGACUGGCUGCCCCUGCCAGAAGCAGAAAUACCAGGUAACCCUCAGCUUGUAGGGCAUAGAGCUUACUGCACUGAAGAGUGGAAGCACCUGCUGCCCCCUAGCAGACUUAUGUGCGUGCUACGAAAAGGACACACCAAACAGUGACCAAUGUAUGCCUUGCGGUGUUCUGGAGCAGAAAUCAUGGCCUUACUUUGAUUCAAAACUCUAAGCCUUUGUAAGGUAGAGCAAAUGUCAACAAGGCAGUCCAUUUUAAUUAAGUGGAGUUUUAAAGUUUGAUUUAUCUGUGCCACAAGUAUCUGACUUUAAAUAGAAGUUUUCUUAAAGCUAAGCGUUUACAAGGGUGCUGCAGGCUCCAGUAGCUGUUUCCUUAUUCAUAUCAAUAGUUUCCACUACACAGCACACACGUGUCAUCCUGAAAACAAGGGACCAAUCAAAAUUUUCAAACCAAAAUGGUUUAAAGCCAUUUGGACUUUCACAAUGUUUUAGCCUCAUGAAGACAGCUGUGGGCCAAGGAGAUGCCCUUGGCUAAUAAAAAAAGAGGGGGCCGGGCACUUGGAAUAUUAUCUGGUAUUAUCUGAUGUAGGAAAGUAAAAACUUCCCCAGCCUAUUCUUGCUAACCUCUAAGUACAAGUCCCAUUGGGGGAAGACAAUACAUUAAAGGAAGGGCCAACCUUUCCUUUUCCAAAUUUACAAUUUCUCUUGGAACUCCCUCUACAACAGUUACUAACAUUUUUCAAGACCCAUGUAUUUAUUUAGGGAAAGAUGAGCAAUAAACUUCGAAACAAAAAGAUGGCAACAUUUGAUCAGAAUAAUGCAGGCCCUACUGAUAC